UUUCAUUUACUUAUAUUUCUCACACACAACCCCACCCAAAUGUCAACGCCCCCUUUCUCUCUCUUUCUCUCUACUUCACCUCUUCUUCUUCCUCAUUUCUCCCAUUUUUCUGUCCACUCUUCAAUGAAUCUUUAAGAAAAAAACCACACCUUCCAUUUGAACUAUAUUGAUUUUCAAGGAGUUUUUUUUUCAAUGGGAAACGGCGUAGGAAAGCUUAGUGUAUGUUUCACUAGCGGCGCCGCCGUUGAGAGUCGUCGCCAUAAAGAUAUUCCUUUCAUGAAUUCCGACCCGCUUGAAGAUUUGGGUCAUUCUUUCUGCUACGUCCGACCCGACCCGACCCGUAUCUCAUCGUCAAAAGUCCACUCAGAAGAAACCACAACUUUCCGUUCAAUUUCCGGUGCUUCCGUUAGCGCCAACACAUCAACGCCGUUAUCAACGGCGUUUGUUGAUCUGUAUUCUUACAACAGUAUUGAUCGUUCUUCAGCUUUUGAGGCGUCCACUUCAUUUGCUUCAAUACCACUUCAACCUAUUCCAAGAAACAAUUCAAUCCACUCCGGCCCGCUUUUCACCUCGGGCCUUAUUUCAGGCCCGAUUGAACGCGGGUUCAUGUCCGGCCCCAUUGAGCGCGGGUUUCAAUCGGGCCCGCUUGAUCGCGGUCUUUAUUCAGGCCCUCUGGAAAGGGUUCGUGACUGUUCUGAUAAUAACAAUAAUCAGUUUCAGAGAAGUUAUUCACAUGGUUAUGCUCUUCGAUCCAGAUCAAGAAAAGGGUCUUUUUUUCGGGUUCUUCAAAGAGCUAUAUCGAAAACCUUAUCAAGAGGUCAAAAUUCUAUUGUUGCACCAAUUAAAGGGUCAAUUUCAGUAAAAGAAAGUGAUUGGGUUGUUGGUUCUGAGAAGCAAAAUGAAUUGACUAUUAGUAGUGUGAAUUUUAGCAGUGAGUUCAGUUUGGAUGAUGACGAUUCUUUAGAAAAUCAGAAUCUUCAGUGGGCUCAAGGGAAAGCUGGUGAAGAUCGUGUUCAUGUUGUAGUAUCUGAAGAACAUGGUUGGGUUUUUGUUGGGAUUUAUGAUGGAUUUAAUGGUCCUGAUGCACCUGAUUUUUUGGUAUCUAAUUUGUACCCAGCUGUUCACAAAGAGCUUAAGGGAUUGUUAUGGGAUGACAAGUCAGAUUCAUCUAAUACUGAUAAUAAUGACAAUAAUAUUACAAUCCCAAGUUUAGUAGUGGAAGAAUCCAAUCAGACACUUGAUGAUGAGAUUUCAAGGGAUAGGACUAAAGAUGGUUGUUCAAGAUGUGUUGAGCAAGAGAAUUAUCCAUCAGCAGGAGACGAUUUUUCUUCCGAUUCACGGUUAAAGAAAAAGAAAAAGGGUUCAAACAAUAGGUACAGAGGAGUAUCAAAGAAAUGGGAAGAAAAUCAAAGGAGAUGGCGAUGCGAAUGGGACCGUGAAAGAUUAGAACUUGACAGGAGAUUGAAAGAGCAACUAAAUGGAUCAUCAGGAUCAGUUAAUCAUGCAGAUGUAUUGAAAGCUCUUUCACAAGCAUUGAAGAAAACAGAGGAGGCAUAUUUAGAUCUAGCUGAUAGGAUGAAUAUGGAGAAUCCUGAAUUAGCUUUGAUGGGUUCUUGUGUUCUUGUUAUGUUAAUGAAAGGAGAGGAUGUUUACAUAAUGAAUGUUGGCGAUAGUCGAGCUGUUUUAGCUCAGAAAAAGGAGCCUAAUCUAUGGAGCCAAGAUUUAGAGAGGAUCAAUGAAGAAACUUUGAAAGAUCUUGAACUUUUCGAUGGCGAUGAGUCGAAUUGUAUACCUAAUUUAACUGCUUUUCAGCUUAGUACGGAUCAUAGCACCUCUGUUGAAGAGGAAGUUCAAAGAAUAAAAAGUGAACAUCCAGAUGAUGCAUGUGCCUUAAUGAAUGACCGGGUGAAAGGUUCUUUGAAGGUUACUAGGGCUUUUGGUGCUGGUUUCCUCAAACAGCCUAAAUGGAACAAUGCCCUUCUUGAGAUGUUCAGAAUCGACUAUGUUGGGACUUCCCCCUACAUCAGCUGUCUUCCAUCUCUCCAUCAUCACAGGUUAGGGCCAAGAGACCGGUUUUUGAUACUAUCGUCUGAUGGGCUCUAUCAGUACUUCACAAACGAAGAAGCCGUUUUAGAAGUCGAACAUUUCAUCUCAUGGUCACCCGAAGGAGAUCCAGCACAACAUCUCAUCGAGAAAGUAUUGUUUCGUGCUGCAAAAAAAGCUGGUAUGGAGUUUCAUGAGCUGCUUGAAAUACCACAAGGGGAUCGACGUCGGUACCAUGAUGAUGUUUCAAUAAUUGUUAUUUCUUUGGAAGGGAGAAUAUGGAGAUCCAGUGCAUAAGUAGGAAAAAAAGAGAGAGUAUAGACCUAUUAAAAAAAUGACAAAUCAAACAUCCAAUUUUUGUUCUUUCCUAAGUCACCAUUUUGUAAAUAGCAACUAAGCCCUGGAACCAGAGUUACUUAGUUGUAAAAUGUACUAGGUGAUUAUGGGAUUGUAAAGGUGUUAGAUCAACUCCUUAUCAGUGGAUAAGCUGUCAUAUAAAGUGUAAUUUCCUUAAUAAAUGACAUCUCUAAGAGGGAACUCUGUUCUCCAAA